GGCGGCGGGCGCUCAGUCCGCGCGCGCUCUCGCCAUGGCUCGGUGGCUGAAGGCCCUGGUGGCGCUGCUGCUACUCGCCAGCGCCGCGACCGCGCGUAAGUCGCCCGCCGCCCCCAAAAACGAGCCCCAGAUCGAGGAGGUCACCGCCAAACAGUUGGAACGAGUUCUACAAGACAAGGAUUUCGUCGCCGUGUACUGGUAUGCAAGGAGUUGCGUCACAUGUGACAAGGUACUCGAAGAGUUGGAGAAAAUCGACGACGACACCGACACGUUUGGCGUCGACUUCGUGAAGAUCAACGACAAGAGGCUCGCUAAACAGUAUGGCAUCACGAAAUUCCCCGCCCUCACGUACUUCCGUGAGAAGGAACCGAUUAUUUACGAAGGAGAUCUCAUGGACGAAGAAAGUGUCCUGGAUUUCUUGACGAGUUUAGAGUCAAUGGACCUUCCUGAUCGGAUUGAGGAAGUCAACCAGAAGAUCCUUUCUAAAAUCAUCGAGGAUACCAACUACGUCGCCGUCCUCUUCUGUCCUGAUCACAAAAGUUGCGGCCCUUCAAACAACAAGCCUGAAUGUAAAAAGUGCGCAAAGGCCCUCCAAGAGUUGGAAAACAUUGACGAUGAAGCAGACCAACUUGGGAUUGGUUUUGUUAAGAUCCACGAUGAGGAACUAGCCGAAGAGUAUAGUCUUGGAGAACUGCCAAGGCUGGUGUACUACAGGCAUCAAAUACCUAUUAUCUAUGAAAGCGAGUUGAGUAGAGAGGAGGACGUGCUGGAGUGGCUCAUUGCCAACAAGUCCACCGGCGACGAGGAGGAUGUCAUCGAAGACGUCACCGCCAAGACCUUGAACACCCUCAUAGGGAAUGUCGAUAACCUUGUCGUCUUGUUCUACGAUCACGGUGAAGAUGAUUCCAUGACUGUGCUUGCUGAGCUCGAGAAGAUAGACGAUGACUGUGAUCGUCACGGCAUCCAAUUCGUCAAGAUCGAUGAUGAGAAAGCCGCUGAUGCUUUCGGCAUUGACAGCCUACCAUCCAUCGUCUACUUUGAAAAACAGAUCCCUAACGUUUACGACGGUGAUCUUGAAAAUGAAGAAGAGAUCUUAGAGUGGCUCGUCGCGCAGUUGGAGAAAGAUGAAAUUGAAGAUGUUACCGAUGAAAUGUUAGACCGUCUGAUCAAAGAUGGAAAAACUGUUGCUGUUCUUUUUUAUGACAAUAACGACCGUAAAUCACAAAAAGUUUUGAAUGAACUGGAGAACAUUGAUGAUGAGUGUGAUCAACUAGGCAUUGCGUUUGUAAAGAUUGAUAAUGAUGAAGAAGCGAAGGAAUAUGGAAUUGAGAAAGUACCAACAUUAUUAUACUUUGAGAAAGGUAUUCCUACCUACUACGAAGGUAAUUUGGAGGAAGAAGAGAAAGUUCUUGCUUGGCUCAGACAUCAGACUGAAAGUGAUGAAAUCGAAGACAUAACUGAUGAAAUGCUAGAUCUCAUCAUAGAAAAAAUGCCAUAUGUUGCCGUACUGUUCUACGACAAGGACCAGAAAAAGAGCCAGAAAAUUUUAGCUGAACUGGAAAAUAUUGACGAUGAAUGCGAUCAGAAUGAUAUUGCUUUUGUCAAAAUUGAUGAUGACAAAGAGGCUAAGGAAUAUGGUAUUGAGUCGAUACCAACUAUGGUGUUCUUUGAAAAAGGUAUUCCUCACAUCUAUGAAGGAGACUUAAUGAAAGAAGACGAAUUACUUGGCUGGUUAUUGCAUCAGAAACGCCAUAGUGAAAUACCAGAAGUAACUGAUGAGAUGAUGGACAAGCUUAUAGAAAAUACACCUUACCUAGCUGUUAUCUUCUACGACAAAGAAGAUAAACAAGAUAUUAGAAUUCUAAAUGAGCUUGAAAACAUCGAUGAUGAAUUGGAAAAGGAAGGUAUUGUUAUUGUGAGAAUGGACAACGAAGAUGAAGCAAAACAGUUCGGUAUUGACCACCUUCCUACUUUAGUCUAUUUUGAAGAAAAUAUCCCAGCUAUUUAUGAAGGAGAUCUUAUGAAUGAAGACGAAGUACUGGAAUGGCUCAUAGAACAAAAGAACAGUGCGACAAUUGAAGAAGUUACCGAUGAAAUCUUGACUGAUCUUAUUGAAGAACAUGAAUAUGUGGUUGUUUAUUUUAGUGGAAAAUGCGAAGAAGGUGAAGAAUGUGACAACAUCUUAGACGAACUUGAGAAUAUUGACGAUGAACUUGAUGAAACUGGUAUCAUCUUUGUCACCACAGAAGAUAUGUCCCUCGCAAAGAAAUAUGGAAUCAAAACCUUCCCUACUCUUGUUUUCUUUAGAAACAAAGAUCCUCUUAUUUAUAAAGGUGACAUCGAGGAUGAAGAUGAGGUUCUAUCCUGGUUAACAGAUGAAGAUACUCUUGAAAUUCCUGGAAAAAUUGAAGAAGUUAACUCCAAGAUGUUGGAAAAGAUUUUGGAAGAAAAUGACCAUGUUGUUGUCUUCUUCUAUAAAGAAGGAGACAAAAAGUCCCAAAAGAUAUUAAGUGAGCUGGAAAAUAUUGAUGACGAAUGUGAAGAGAAGGAUAUCGAUUUUGUCAAAACAUCUGAUGAAGGCAUAGACAAGGAAUAUGAUCUUCCUGAUCUACCAGCUUUAGCUUUCUAUAGACACAAAUUUCGCACUAUUUACGAAGGUGAUUUAAUGUAUGAAGAAGCUAUAUUGAAAUGGGUUCUAGAUCUUCUUGACACUCAACCAGAUGUUAUAGAAAAUGUAGAUAGGAAAACGCUAAAAGAUCUAAUUGAAGACGUUGAACAUCUUGCAGUAUUUUUCUAUAGCGAUGAUUGUGACACUUGCGACGAUAUUCUUGAAGAACUGGAGACCAUCGAUGACGACACAGAUAAACAUGGGAUUCAAUUUGUAAAGUCCAAGGAUUCUAAACUGGCCUCCGAUAUCGGUAUUUUCAGCUUUCCAGCAUUGGUAUAUUAUGAGACUGGAGUUCCAAUCAUGUACGACGGAAAUCUAUUGGAUGAGUCUGAAGUUCUGGACUGGAUGGUGAAACAAAAGGAAGAUGAAAGCAUCGAAGAAAUAGAUAGAGACACGCUGUUCAAGUAUAUUGAAACGAAAGAAUUUUUAGCAGUGGUAUUUUAUAAAGAUGAUGAUCCCAGAAGUCCAAGAGUACUACGACAUGCAGAGUUGAUUGACGAUGAAGCAGCAGAAUAUGGCAUAAAGAUGGUCAAAUGUAGUGAUCGCCUAAUGGCCAAGAAGUAUGGUUUUCGAAAUCCGCCAGGCAUAACGUAUUUCAGAAAAGGAAAAUAUAUUAAUUACGAUGGCGAUAUAGACGAUGAGGAAGAAAUAUUGGAUUGGUUGACAAAUCCGGAAAAUAUGGAGUUAACAGAUCACAUAGAAAAAGUAAACAAAAAAAUGUUUCAGAAAAUAAGGCAGACAUCGGAUUAUGUCGCAGUAUUCUUUUACAGUAAUGACUGCAAACAGUGCCCUAGAGUGCUAGCUGAGAUUGAACAUAUUGAUGAUGAUGCCGAUGGAGCAGGAAUAAACUUCGUUAAGAUUGAUGAUCGCCAGAUGGCUAAGGAUUACGGAGUAUUUGCUCUACCAGCAGUACUAUUUUUCAAACUUGGAUCUAAGGAUCCUGUCAUUUAUGCAGGCGACUUGUAUGACGAACAACAACUACUAAGUUGGCUACUCACUCAGAAAAAUCCUUCAGGUGACGUAAUAGAAGCUCUUGAAGGCCAAGAUUUAUUAAAUUUGAUUGAAGAAUCUAAUUCUCUGGCCGUCUAUUUCUGGAACAAAACGCUAUGUGAAAUUUGUAAUUCAAAAGCCUUGAGAAAGGCGUCGAAAAAGAAAGAAAAAGCACCUGAAGAUGAAGAGGGUCAGGAGCAAGAGGAUGUGGGCUUUUCAGAUGGACCUGAUUGUGAUCAAUGUGCUGGUAUCUUAGAAGAACUUGAAAACAUUGACGAUGACUGCGACAGACAUGGAAUAAAGUUUGUUAAAACUCAAGACUAUUCGAUAGCUGAGUCCUUCGGAGUAACUGACUUUCCUGUACUGGUAUAUUUUGAAGAGGGUAUUCCCAACGUAUAUGAAGGUUCUUUAGCGGAAGAGGAAGAAGUAUUACAAUGGUUGAUUACUCAAAAAACUGAAGAUCGCAUUGAACUUAUAACGAGAGUAAUGUUAGAAAAAAUGGUAGAAGAAACUCAGUAUUUAGCCGUGUAUUUCUAUAAGCUAAAUUGCCAUAUUUGUGAUCAUAUACUAGAAGGAUUGGAAGGCAUCGACGAUGAAUGCGAUGUUUACGGUAUACACAUGGUGAAAAUUCAGGAUCCUCAACUCGCAAAACGAUAUUCCAUCAAGACAUUCCCUGCCAUGGUAUACUUUAGAAAUGGUAAUCCACUUCUAUUUGAGGGAGAUCUGCAAAAUGAAGAAUCUAUUCUGGAAUGGUUGAUUGAUGAUGAUAACCGUGAAUUAGCUGAUGAAAUCGAAUCUGUCAACGAGAGAAUGUUGGAGCGGUUGCUUUUGGAAUCACAUUUACUUGUUGUAUUUUUCUAUGAUGACGACGACUGUCCGGAGUGUGAGGAAAUCUUAGAAGAACUGGAACAAAUUGAUGGUGAAGUUGAUCAGUUCGGAAUUGAUUUCGUUAAAAUAGCAAGUCCAGAAGCGGCAGCGAAGUAUAAUGUCAUCAAUAUACCUUCGCUCGUUUAUUUCCGAAAACAAGUUCCAAUGCUUUAUGACGGAGAUCUACAUCAAGUGGACAGAAUCCUGCAAUGGUUGACUUCUCAGGAUGUUUUUGAAAUUAAAAAUGAAAUUGAAGAAGUUAACCGCAAAAUGUUGGAUAAAUUACUGGAAGAAAACGAAUUCUUAGCUGUCUAUUUUUACGAAAAAUCAGUUGAGAGUCGGUUGGUAUUGGAUAAAUUGGAAAAUAUUGACAGCGAAACGGACAAUCUUGAUAUCACUUUUGUUAAAAUGCAAGAUCCUCGUUACGCCAGAAAAUGGGGUGUCACGAAAUUGCCAGCCAUCGUCUACUUUAGGAAAAGAUUCCCGAGUAUAUACAGAGGUGAUAUAAUGUCAGAAGAGGAGGUUUUAGAAUGGCUUCGAAAAAAUAGAUUCCGACAACCAGAGCUUAACAUCUUCAUGUAUGCUUUGAUAGCCCUAUCAAUAGCAUUCAUUAUGUACACAGCUUUCUUACUUCAGUGUUUCAAGCCUUCGCCACCUGCGCCAGCGCCGCAUCCGAAGCAGGCGUGAGGAAUCAACCAUAUAGACAUUUUAAGAAUUUAGCUCUUCUAUUGUGACUACUUUUCAGUCGUGCGCGGCUGAACUCGAUUCGAUUUAGAUGAGGACGUCACCAUCUUUCAGAACAUUGCGAUCUGUAUCAAAUGAUCAUUUGCAUAUUGAUAAAAACUCUAGAUCAAUUUUACAUUAAAUACUACGUUCUUGGGAUCAAACUGUAGGGAUUUUAGAAUACAAACGCCUUAAAUUUGUACGGGAAUCUAAACACUGGAUCGUUUCUCGUUUGUCAUGGAUGGAUAAUAUUGUAAACAUUUUUUGCAAGUCUACUUCAUCAUGUCCACAUAGUUCAUGAAUUUUGUUUCUUUUUAUGUUUUUACUAAUAAUUAAAAUAUUCGUAUAAGUUUUCUAUAUCUAUGGCAUUUUAAAUUACUGUUAUUUUCAUUAAGACUGUACUAUUUCGUGGGUAGAAAAAUCUGUAUGGAUCUUUAGUGUGCCAGUUUUCCAGUGUAUCCUAAUUAUAUUGAUUUAAAUUAAUAGCACCGAUUAUGUCUUCUUAUUAUAAUGUUACUGAUGUCUUUAGCCUUUUAGGUUAUGUUGAAUCAUUGUUGUUAAGUUUGUGUUUGAAUUUAUCGAGCUCAAAAAUAAAGUCACUUUUUCAUGAAUUAAGUGUAGAUUUUUGAAAAAGAAAUGAUCAUAGUUUGUGUGAUAGUUUUAAGUCCAUCGACUUAGAUUAUGAUAAAGGUUUGUAACAGUACUUUUUGUUAUUGUCGAGUCAAUUACCUAUCUUGCGCGUUCUUCGUGUGAUUUCCUUUUAUCUGUUACUUUUCAUAGAUAAUAUAUAUUAGACAUAAUCUUAUCAAUCAUAGCUAAUUUCACCUUUGUUACGUUAUAUCGUGACUUAGUUUUUGAGCUCGCUUGAAGAGUGUCUGUCUAAAGGGCGGGGACCGGACUGACGCCCGCAUGUUACUACUGUACUUAUUUAUAUCCCAACGGCUCAGACGGAAUGCCUUUACUGCAAGCACAUGUGGGUUAAUUGCAUUCAGAACCCAUUUAUUAUCCGUUUCUUUUAGUAACUUUUCAGCUUUCACGUCCACUUUGUGCAUUGUUUUUACAUUAUUUCUAAACUUAGAUAUAAUAGUGUUUUUUACUUAGAUGAUAAGGUUUCAAGUACUGUAGUGACAUGCCCGAUAUACUCUGUAUCAUUCCCGCUCGUGUAUAUUAUUGUGUAUAAUUAUAAUGAUACCUUCAUUAAUGAAACGUAAGGAAAGCGAACAGAAAUGCUCAAGGAUUUGUGCGAACAAGCGCAGACGUGGACACUAAACUUGUAUAUAAAAUGUAAAUAAUA